AUGAUCGCCAUACUGCAGAACCCACAGGACGCUGCCGUCUCAUAUUCUGUGGAGCCACAAGAGCAUGACCUACUUGGCUCGUAUGGGACAAAAGCUCUGAACGUUGAGACGACUGAAAUCGCUGCUUCCUCCUCCUCCUCCGAAGCUCCUGAGGAUCUCGCUGAGGAGCACCAUCGCAAUGAGUCCUCUCUGCAGCAACCGUUGAGCGAAGAUGAUCGGCACGAGCAACCUGCCGCAAGCGGAAACAACAUUCCUCCUGUAACCGUCACCACCCCCGAAAGCAGCGACAAUCCGCUUGUUGAAUCAAAGGAGGCAGUCCUAGUCACGUUCAGGCACGAGGGCAACGAGACCAAGGAUGACACCUCGUACCUCCUAGCCGAGGCCCUCGAAACCACCAACGGAGAGGAGAACAGUCCCAUCUCUGAAGACAAAGCAACAGCAAUUGCUGUCUUGAAAGUCAUCGAAAGUUAUGGGGUGAAUUUCGAGAAGACUGGCGAGUCCUGGCAGGGACUGACCUCGUUCAUUCCCACCGUGGUUGAGCAAGUCAAAAAGCGGGAGCCUGUUCGGAUGAUCCUCCCAGCUUUCCCUUUCAAGUCCCCCAAUGCUCGAGACAAGGUCUUGGGUGUGAUGCCAGAUCUCGGAGAGGAGCUGGCGUUAUAUCAUUUGAAUGGCCUGUGCGAGAACAUUGGAAGAGUCUACGAACCGGGUGCAGAUGUAUAUAUCAGCUCGGAUGGACUCGUAUACAAUGAUAUCCUCGGAGUACCUGACGAGACUGUCUGGGAGUAUGGAGAAGCCCUCCGCAGGAUGGCCGUUGAGAAGGAGCUUCAUCAUGUCAAGUUUAUCCGACUGUUUGAGCUUCUCGAACACCCCUGGAUUCCUCUGACCAGCGCUGAACAAGCCAAGUCAUACUACCUGGCGCAUGCGCACUGCCUCCGAAGAGAGUUGAUGUACCGAUUCGAAGACCGCAGCUUCGAUGCUGAUGCGGCCAUCCGCAGUGACAAUGAUACCUGCCUCACAUAUCGCGGAUACAUCAAGUUCCUGACCAAGGACCUGGCCCCUCAAAUGGACACGCAGUAUACAAGCAAAAAGGCCAGAGCAGCUCAUAUCGCCCAGAUUGCUCGUAGCAUGAUCGUCCGCGGAAAGAUGUUUGCUGCCGCCAUCAAGGCCAACCGUGCCGAUUAUGUCCGUCUCUCCAUCCACGAGUCAAACGGGGCAAAGAAGCUCUCCAUCUCGCUCGUCCCACAGGUCCGAGGCGCCCUCGGGUACACACCAUGGCAUUCGUCGAUUGCAGUCGGCGCUGACGGCACAUUCCGCACAGUUCACGCCGAGGAUGUGCGUGAGACGCACGAGCUAGUCUACAAGAACGGCCAGCCAUACUACUUCCGGGAGAAGUCCAAGCUCUUCGACUGGGUCGAGGACGGCCUGCGGGUCAAGUUCGAGCACCUCUACCCCUGCGGCCUCGUCAUCCGGCCCAGUGAUAUUGACGACUCGCGGCCCCCUCCAUCCAUCCGCGACCUGCCAAUGCACAAAGUCCGCCAGCUCUCUACCGGACUCUCCCCGGUCGUCCUGCGCGGCUUCCGAGAAACCCUCGAAGAAGAGCUAUACGUCCAGAAAGCAUCCGAGCUCGGCACCAUCCUCCCCUGGAGCUUCGGCAUCAUCCAAAAGGUGCGCGACGCCGGCCGCACCGACAAGCUCGGUAACAACGUCACCUCCAACGAGGCAAUGCCAAUGCACUACGACGGCAUGUUCAAGUUUGAAGAGGAGACAGACCCCGUCACGGGGGAGGUUAAGCGCGUCCAGAAGCCACCAGGCUACCAGUUCUUCACCUGCCCCGCCACCGCGCCCAAGGGCAGCGGGUACACCCUCUUCGCCAGCUCGCGGCUCUUCUUCCGGUACCUGCCUCUGCCGUGGACCACAGAGCGGCUGCAGAAGGUGACCUGGGCCAUGGACAACGACGGCUUCUGGGACGCCAAGCUGAAGAAUCUGCCCCUGGUGGUGCCGCACCCUGUCACCGGGCUGCCGUGCAUGCGCUGGCACCAGCCGUGGGAUUCCACCAAGACCAAGUUCUCGACCUGUGCGGUCACUAUCGAGAACGACGAGCAGGGGCUGGUCUCAGUGGUUGAUGACCUGACGUAUGACUACCGCGUCUGUCUGCGGUUCUCUUGGGAGCAGGGCGAUCUGCUUGUCAGUGACAAUACAGCCAUGCUGCAUACCCGGACGGGGUACAAGACUGAUUGUGAUCGGGAGCUGUGGAGAAUCCACUUUGACUAA